UGCUCAUCCACCGGCUGGCGGAGCGCCUGCUGAGGAGUCUCAGCCACCUAUUGGAUCGCGCACCUCCGGGCAAGGGCUGGCGGGAUUUGGCGCAGCUUGCGGGGAGCCGCGUCGGGCUCCGGCUGAGUUCUCUUGAGUUGGAGCAUUGUUCUCUGCAAGUUCUGGCUCCUGAAGGAAGUCCCAGCUGGAGUCUCCUUCAGCUAAUGGGUGAAAGAGGCUGUACUGUUUCAGAGUUGACAGAAUUACUGCAGUCCUUGCAACACACCGAGGCGCUUCAGUUGCUCAAUCCAACUAUAAAGAUCAUCGUGGAACCAGAAUCCCAAGCUGUUUUCUCUGGCCAGAUGGUGAAACUAAGCUGUUGGGCAACAGGAUAUCCUCUCCUAUAUUAUCAGUGGUUUAAAGAGAAAAAAAUGGUUCCAAAUGGGAAUUCCCCAGAACUGAUAUUCAGUCAAGUGACUGCAGAAGAUGCGGGAUUAUACAUAUGUCGAGUGAACAGCGAUUCCUCCUAUGAAUUCAGCCAAUGGGCACAGCUGGAUGUUUGUGAUAGCCAAAGAGAUUCUGAUGGGAGCUGCCUCAAGUUGCCCGAAAAGAAAAUACACAUCUACCUGCAUCCGCAGUCUCAGAACUUGACGGUUGGACAAACGUUAAUUCUUCAGUGUGAAGCCACGGGAGAUCCCCCGCCACAGUACCAGUGGUGCAAAGAAGAAUUCCCACUUCCCAAUGGAGAGGAAAAGGCCUACGUGGUAUCCUGCGUGGACAUUGAACAUCAAGGAACAUACUGGUGUCGAGUAUACAAUAAUCAAGAAAAUGAAGAAAGCAGAAAAGUGAAAGUAACUAUAGAAGAAUUAAAUGACCUGGCAAGACCUGAUCUUGAACAACCAACUGAAAGACAGUUUGCAGUAGAUAAAGUGGCACUACUGAUGGGGAACAUGAGCUACUAUAACCAUCCCAAGCUCAAGGCUCCAUUAGUUGACGUUUAUGAGCUGACCAACGUACUGAGGCAGUUGGACUUCAAAGUGGUCUCCUUGCUGGAUCUGACGGAACCUGAGAUGAGGAAUGCAGUGGAUGAAUUCUUAUUGCUCCUGGACAAAGGUGUCUAUGGUCUAUUAUAUUAUGCUGGGCAUGGCUAUGAAAAUUAUGGUAAUAGUUUUAUGGUUCCUAUUGAUGCUCCAAAUCCCUAUCGAGCUGCAAACUGUCUAUGUGUACAAAACAUCCUCAAACUGAUGCAAGAAAAAGAUACUGGCCUCAAUGUAUUUUUACUGGAUAUGUGCAGAAAACGGAACGAAUAUGACAACACCGUUCUCGUCUUGGAUGCCCUGAAAGUUACAGCUAACAUUGUUUUUGGAUAUGCCACGUGCCAAGGGGCAGAAGCGUUUGAAAUUCAGCAGUCUGGAUUGGCCAAUGGGAUUUUCAUGAAGUUUUUGAAGGAACGCUUAUUGGAGGACAAGAAAAUUACUGUGCUGCUGGAUGGUGUGGCAGAAGAUAUGGGAAAGUGUCAUCUUACCAAAGGCAAGCAAGCUUUGGAGAUUCGCAGCAGCUUAUCUGAAAAAAGAGCGUUAACUGAUCCUAUUCAGCAAACUGUAACCUCAGCAGAAGCUUUGGCACGGAAUCUACAGUGGGCGAAAGCGCAUGAACUUUCUGAAAGUAUGUACCUUCAGUUUCAAUGCGGGGUUCGGAUUCAGCUUGGUUUUGCUGCAGAAUUCUCCAACGUCAUGAUCAUCUACACCAGAAUCGUAAAGAAGCCGCCUGAAAUAGCCGUUUGCAACGCUUACGUCACUGAUUUUCCUCUUGAAUUGGAUGUGGAUCCUAAAGAGGCCAAUAAAGGAACUCCUGAGGAAACUGGCAGCUAUUUGCUUUCAAAAGAUUUGCCGAAGCACUGCCUCUACACUAGAAUAAGUUCACUACAGAAGCUAAAGGAAGAUUUAACAUUCACUGUUUGCCUGCAUUAUGAAUACAUGGGACUGGAGGACCCGGUGGAUGAAAGAAAGGAGGUUAACAUUGGCAAGCCACUGGUUGCCAGAUUGCGCAUUUACCAAGGAUUUGGAAAGUGCAGCUGCUUCCAGAACUGUUCUUUGCCUAACAGCGCUUCUUCCACCCAGUCGCUGGCCCCAGAAGCAUCUGGAUUCUGCCCAUCUCACCUGAAUCAGCUGCAUUCUUACACAGGCUUUGUCCAGUCAAGUCCUUCUCUCAUAGAAAGCCUGAGGCAGCCGCCAAGAUGCCACUGCAGGAUGGUGCCAGACAGAUUAGUUGCAUGGCAAUCAAAAUGGCAGCAUUCAUACGAUUCAGACCUGAGCAAUAUUCCUGUGGAGACCACAGAUGAACUGGAAUCUGACUUCUCUGGAAGUUUAAAACUAUCUCAUGAGCCUUAGCCAACUUUAUAUUGUAGGUGGGAACAGCAUUUUCAAUGGCCUUGCCCUGGGAUGAAAUUUUGAGGCCUGGUGACAUCUUGGUCUGGAUCCAUGCGUAAGGCUUACAGUUGUUGGCUGAGGGAGAAAAAGGUUUAGAAAUGUCUUCAGACAACUGGAAAUUAAAGUUGCAACAUUCCCAGAUGUUAUCCCUUGUGAGGAGAAAGACGAAAAAGAAUUUGGUAAAGGCAAACUAGGUUUCUGUGGAAAAGGACUCCCUAAUGUUGAUUGUCAGAAUAAGCAGAAGGCUUUAAGAUACAGAGAUUUUAAUGUGCUGACUGAGAGACUUAACAGGAGUUAUGAUACCAGGCUUCCACUUCACCAGGCAACAAGGAGAAGGAGAAUAGCAAAUAGGCCAGAAAAUCAGGCGAUCCCAAUGGACAGAACAGGCAUACGUGUAAGCAACGUUUUGGGAGGAAGAAGACAACCUGGCCUGUUGUGGAGUCUGAAAAGGAGCCAUUGCAGAAUGAUCUUAUAAUCCAAAAAAGUGUUUAUUAAAGGAAGUUAAGGGAUACCAAGCACCAACUUCCUUUGCUCUUGAUUCUGGCUAAGGCAGCCAGACUGUGCAGGCUACUGUAAUGGUGGCGGCAGUUGAGUAAGAAAAUUGGUAAGAUAAGAUGUGCUGCCACGCUUCUAUCCUUCUGCAAGAGCCAGAAGACCUGGCUCUGCUGGUGGGCCUGGGGUCCAAAUGGCAGCUGC